CCCCAUUAUUAGCAGGCACACAUCAUCUCUAAUCUCCUGGGUUUGCUGCGCUGCCAGCAUGAAGGCUUUGCUAAUCCUGGGGCUUGUCCUCUUGCCUGUGGCUUCUCAUGGGAAGAUCUAUGAAAGGUGUGAGCUGGCAAGAGCAAUGAAAAGGCUUGGGCUGGAUGGAUACCGGGGCUAUAGCCUGGGACACUGGGUGUGCACAGCAAGAUACGAGAGCAACUUUAACACAGGUGCCACGAACUAUAACCCCGGUGACCAAAGCACUGACUAUGGGAUUUUACAAAUCAACAGCCACUGGUGGUGCAAUGAUGGCAAGACUCCAAAAGCCAAGAACGCAUGUGGAAUCCAGUGUCGUGAGUUACUGAAAGGAGACAUUAGAGCGAGUGUAAAUUGUGCAAAGAGAGUUGUUCGUGAUCCCAAUGGCAUGGGUGCAUGGGUGGCGUGGAAAAAGUACUGCAAAGGACGAGAUGUCUCCCAGUGGAUCAGGGGCUGCAAGCUGUAAAGUGUUGGGGUUUAUCCCAGCUUGGUUCCCUUGCAAAUUAGCAGGGAUUCGCAUAAAGCAAAAUGUUCCCUCCCCUUGCUUCCCUUUUACAAUUAAUCAUGUUCAAAAUAAAACAAACUCAAGAGAAAGGUUUAGGGCAACUGUCUUGUGAAAUGCAAAUAUUUUACUCCUUGAUGGUAAAUCUGUGGAUCUUUCCAUGUGACCAGCUGCAGUAACCUAUUUUGUGUUCUACACAGUGUAAAAGAUCUGUUAUCAGCUCUAUAUUAUAUAGACACAUCAAGAUAAGUCAAAUCUGCUUUUCCUGUGAGAUCCUGCUAUUUUGUUCUGCUAAUUAUAGUAAUAUGUUAUCUUGCUUGCAAGCUUACAUUCAUUACAAUCAAUAAAAUUACUUACUUUGCACAUAGUUUUUGUGAGUAUUCGUUAAUGUAGAAGAGAAACUGAAUAUGAGACUAUGAACUUGGGCCCACUGCAAUCAAUGGAAUUUAGGAGCCUAAAUACCUUUGAAGAGCUGGGCCUAGCAGUAUGAAAUAAAGAGUAUGUCAGAAGUGCAUCAUUAGGGAGACCUAAAUAUGUUAUCUUAACUAUCAUAGUUUGUAAAAACAUGGUGUGGAAUUGUAAUCUGUUAUAUAUAAUUAUGUUCCAAACCCUCAAAUUUGGGUUUAAAAAAUCUUUUUAGGUUCUUACUCAAAUACGCUGAGUCACUCAUCACAGCAUUUACAACAACCUAAGCACUUAAAAACAAAGAAAUGAAUAGUUAACAACGGUGGACCUCUUACACUGGCCACAUGACAAACACACACGCUGGUCCCAGUUUAACAAGGUAUGUAAGCACCUGAGUCAGACACGGACGGCAGGGGAAGAGGAGAGGUACUCCCAACACUCCUGCAAACCCCAGCUAGCAAAUACUCCCUUGGAGACCGUUGCGAGCUGGCAGAGUUAACUCUCCACUGUGUUGCCAGAAUUCUUGUCAGCGUUUUGUGGUGGGAUCCCCACUGACCACGUGAUGGAACCUCUGCUACUGUUAGGGACCUGGCUGGGACCUGGUGGAGUAGGGUGGCCCAGGUCCCCCAUCUCCUGCUGCCAACCCUGCCCCUGGGGCGGCAGCCUCCCCACCUUAGGCCAAGAGACCUACGUUUGUCGGCCCUCUCCCUGAGCCAGGAUGUCAGGUGCUAGACUGCUUCCUGCUCUGCCCCGCCCAGAGGACCAGAGCUCCUAGGCUGCUGGCUGCUCCGCCUUGCCCAGAGGGUCAGAGCCCAUAGGUUGUUGGUUGCUCGGUGCUGACCAAAAGGCCAGAGCCCCUAGACUGCUGGCUGUGCGCCCUUUGUGAGGGCCUGUGCCCUGGACUAUCUGAUGCCUGGCCCCUGCCUAGGUGAUCAGGACAGUGGAGACUGCUAAUCCCCCUUUGAGCCAGUCUUUCCAGAAACGCAGGAGUGAGGGGGCCUUCAGGAGUGAUGGGGAGGGACAGCUGCAAUCUCCUACAUCUCUGGUGAGAGCAACCUCAGCCCCAUAGUUUAAAUGGGAGGUAAGAGCCUAAAUACCUUACGGGAUCUGGCCCUAGGACUCCAAAGUCCUUAGGAUGAUAGAGAGAGAAAAAAAUGCAAAAAUAGGAAAGUUCUUGAGGCUCCAAAAAUGGCUUGAAGGAUUUCCUCCUGCGCAAUCAUCAAGGAAACACCUGUGAGUUAUAAUGGCAUUAGUCACAUAUAUGAAUACACACAACUUGGCAAACUUCUGCAGUGCUCCAUUGAAAUCAAACUGUAUACAGAUGAAUGAGGAAAUGAAACAAGGAGUUAGAAAUACUAAUUUAGGAUUUCCGAACAGGGCUUUCUUCAUAGUGCUGUUCUCUUCCCUGCCUGUAUUUGCACAAUUGUUCUGAUUAAGAUGAAAAUCAAUACAGUAGGGUUCUGGGGUGGGUUUUGUUUUUAACAUCUAUCAAUGGCAUGUGUAGUAAGGUACAAAUCUAGGCCUGGAGCUGGCAAGAGCAAUGAAAAGGCUUGGGCUGGAUGGAUACCGGGGCUACAGCUUGGGACACUGCAAGUCUGCUGCCUCGGAGGAGAUGUCCAGGUGGUUCAGGGGGAGGAAAGGGAGGCCCUGUCUACACUGGCAAGUUUCUGCACAGUAAAGCAGCUUUCUGUGCUGUAACUCCUGAGGUGUACACACUGCCAAGCCACUUAGUGCUCAGAAGCUGCGCAGUUGUAGCACUCCUAAAAAGCCACCCUGAUGAGAAGCGUAGAGCUUUCUGCGUCAGGAGUACAGCGCCGCUGUGCCAGUGUAGAUACCAUGGUGAUUACAGCGCUGCAAUUGGCCUCCGGGCAAGGGCGGCCCGUCCAUAUAGGUGAACUAGGCGGUCGCCUAGGGUGCCAAGUUGAAUGGGGCACCAAAUUCGAGGAAAAAAAUCAAAU